GGUGUACGAAUUCCACCUCAGUCGAUGCUCUAACCAGCGAAAGAUUGGUAAGAGUGCAAAUGAAAAGUUUUAAACAAGACUGUAUAUAAACAAUAUAUUAUUUGGCGGUAAAAAAAAAAGCUGCAAUGCGUGUUGAGUUACAUAGAUCCAACUGAAGAACGGUUUUCACACCAUAUUAUUUUCGGUUCUUAAUUGUAUUUUCUUCUUCGCUCUGUCUGUUAAUUCAGAGAUUUCCGCUUGCUUAAGAUUGAGCGGCAUAUUUCCACACAGAGAACCAGAAAAAUUUGUCACGCUUUUUUGAGCGAGGGAAUGAAUUUCUUUAUAUCCGUAAGCUUCUAGUUGUUUACUUAGCUAACAAUAGUGUCUUUGAUUCCGUAUGGGCUCUUCUUUCCGUCGGAAGUCACGUUCUGUGUGCAAGAAACGUAAAAACCAUGUAAUAUUGCUCUUAUUAAAAAUAGAAAAACUAAGUAAAGAUCUGUUCCGUCUGGCUUUUGUAAAUAUUGUGUUUCUUUUCCUCUGCAGCUACUAAGAAAUUGUAACAUUACGAAGUUUGUUUGAUACAGCGUAGCUGGGCUCAAAGCGGUGAAGAGGUAAGCAUUUUGUACUCGUUUAUUGAGCGUUUACCGUGAUAAUGAACGUACUAUAUAAUAAACGUGGGUGGUUAUGCUGUGAAACAGGAUUUUCUUUGAAAGAGUCGUAUACGAAACUAUUUAGCCGGUUUUCACAAGGCCCGUUGUACUAAAUCUCUUUUAUAGCUAUUAUUUGUGCUAAAUGGGUACUUGUAGGUGUACAAAAACCGUUUUGAGACUAAGACAAGUUUGUGUUUGAUUUGAAAUUCAAUCAGAUGAUAUUAGCAAUGGGUUAAAAUUCCUUUAACAUUACAAGUGAUUUUCUGGGAUUCAAUAUGCAAAUAAACACUUGAAACGUUUAGGAGACGUCAAAUAUAGUUUCAGAUGCAACACUCCUCUUUGUCAUAUAUUGUGCUUAACAGACUUUGGCCCAAGGUCACUUACGAUAACAUAUCAACAGAAACUUGUAUCAAACAAUUUUUCACUUUCUUCUAUUCAAUUAGAAAAUUUGAUACAGUGUUUACUUUACAAUGUAACAUUUUGCACAACAUACAUGUAUUAUACCUUUUGUUGGAUGCAACAUCAAUCUAAGGAGUUUUUUUUUUUUUUCAUAUCCAAUCAGUCUAGAAAAUUCGAAUGCAUUGUUUCCUCUAAUUGAACCUUGGUUACCAAAGAAAUAUCAAAUCCUCUUAAGAAACACACAGAAUAUCAAAGGAAAUUCCUGUUAACCAUUGUCUUUUUUUUUUGCUUAUUAUAAAACUGUAAGAUAUGUAGUUGUGUUUCGUAAUAUUUUGUUGUGUGCUGAGGAAGUUGCUCCAAACAUUUUAAGUUCUGGCAUGGAUGAUUUUGUAUGAAAAUAAUUUGAUAGAAUCCUCAAAGUAGCUUGAAACAUUUCGCGUUCCCUAAGAGUUGCAGGUAAAACCAGUUUGUUUCUUAGCUCUUCAGUGGCGCAUACAGUUAAUAUCUAGGGAUUUUGUAUACGGCACUGCUUAAAACAGUUAAGGAAGUGUUCGUUUUUUAUUGAAGGGCUAACACUCGAAAUUUCAUCUCUAGAAAAACUCUUUGCAAUGGAUUGUUUAUAUUAUUAACUCAGUUGAUUCAAACCAAAUUCUAUAACUUGAAGCUUGCUUUACAUGGAACAAAGUUCGUCUAGAAUGAUAUUGUUAUUACUGGUUUGUUUCAUAUUUAAGUGAAGGUUAAGUCUUUGCGUAAAAUAAGUAUUUAAGAGUAGUUUUCAUGCAUAUGCUCUUUAGUAAGUAUCACCCAUUAGAUGGUUAAUUGUUCUACAAUGUUCUUGUAGAUUAGUUUUUACAGUGCUUCAGUUUCCUUAUUUCAUUUAAGAGGGCAUUGUUGCAAGGGAUUAGUUACCUUUAUUCAGGAAAGAAAAUUGAGUUUUCUCGUCAUGUAUCAAGACUGUGAAGUUCUUUGUAUGAUGACACUUGAAGCUCUGUAGUGAUCUAUUGGUGUCAAGAUUUGUUUAGUUGUCAGUCUUGUGUUUUAGUGAAGGUAACUCAAUAUUGUCAAAUGAAUAGAGGAUAAUUUCUGAGAAACCACAAUGUUGCAUCAGAGGGAGCUAUUAACAGAUAAAUUGGUUUCAUCAACUACUUUAAUAAUGAAAAUUGACUACUUAGUAAAUAGUUUCUAAAGCAGAGGUCUUGAGAGUUAGCCCUUUGUUAGAGUAAACAAUAAAGGGCUAAUGCUCAAAUUCGUGAACUUGGCAUCAAUUGUGGUUUAAGUUUUUGUUUCUUGUUUUAAUUUUUUUUUUUUUUGUUCUUUCUGGUUCAGGUUUAGCUCCCUUCACUAAAACUAACCUGUGGCUCUGAUUUUGAGAAAGAGCUGCUCAGGGAAUUGCCUCUUAUUCUCUUAGACAUGCCAUGCCCUUCUGUAUUUUUAGGCAAGAUGGGUGAAAUGAAUUUUAAGAGCAGUAGAGCAAUCUAUUGUUGGAUUUUCAAGAAUUGCAACUGACUUUAGGUGGUUUUGCAGGUCAUAAAUUUAAUGUUUAGUGCUUGUACAGUAAAACACUAGAUAUGAAUUACUGGUAUUAACCAUGUGCAUUAACCUUCUUGAUAUAGUUUUCACCAUGGAGACGAGUAGAAUUGGAUUACCCCACGGUGAAAUGAGCAAAGAUGAGCAGACUGCAAUGUGGCAUCACCAGUAUCAUGAUUCUGGUAUUAUGUCAGGCGCUACAACUACAGCACAUUCAAUCAAGGGUGAUGAUGAUGAUGACUACAUGAAAACACACAUGGCAUUUGAGUGGGAGCAGCCCGGAUUUUCCGAGCAGGAGAUGCACGCUAUGAAUCAGCAAUUUGUCUCAACUAGGAGGUGAGUGGAAUCAUCAGGAGAGGGGUAAUGUUUGGGUUUUACAAUAAAAGCUAGUAAGCAGUGGCCUACAGCUGCCAAUCAGAUCUCUCAGCAUGGUCUUUUUAUCCUGUGCUAAUACAUGUAUGGCAAAAUCAUAGGGCAAAGCUCAAAGAAGGCUUAUGAAAAAAGUCAUUAACUAAGUACAAACUGAAUUUGAAUGGAUUAUUGUGAUAUUUUGGCACUCGAAUAGACAACAUGUAAAUUGAAAUAUCUAAACUAGUAUCACUGCAUUGUUAUGUUAUAGUGAUCAAUUGAGUAUGAUCUUGAAUAGCUUUCCUAUUUCAUUUCAUGUGUAAUACAUUAGUAGUCUAAUAUGUGUUUACCAUUACACAGUCAACGCAUCCGUCAAGCCAUGUUUCCUGAGACCCUGGAAGAAGGUGCUCAUAUCCCUUCCACACAGUUUGAUUCAGCAGCUAACACAGCUGUCCAGCGCUUGGCUGAACCAUCGCUUAUGCUAAAGCAAGCUGUUGUCAAUUUAAUCAACUACCAGGUAAAACAGUGCACUUUCAAUACAGUGGCAAAUUUGUUGUGGGAAGGGUGUCAGAUCAUACUUUUAUGGUUUGGUAUUUUGUUCUAAGGCUUGUUACUGAUGAUUUUUUAUUUCCACCUUGUAGGAUGAUGCUGAUCUGGCCACACGUGCCAUCCCUGAGUUGAACAAGCUGUUGAAUGACGAAGAUCAGGUGUGUAUUUACAAAGAAAAUGAAAAACAUGCCAAAUCUUGGCUCUAAAAAGAAUCACUAAGUUCUGGAAGGAAUUUGUCAAAGAUCAAAAGCAUAUAAAAUACUUUUUCUGUAACAUACAGUACAGAUUAGCAACCUAAGCUUGUAAGAAGUACUUUUUCAUUUACCCACAUGUCAACAAACUUUAAGGUGGUAAUCCGACAAGCAUCAAUGAUGGUGCAUCAACUUUCCAAGAAGGAUGCAAGUCGCCAUGCCAUUAUGAACUCACCACAAAUGGUGGCAUCUCUUGUGAAAGUUCUAAACAGCUCUAAUGACCCGGAAACCAUCCGAUGUGCUGCAGGAACUUUGCACAAUUUGUCUCAUCACAGGUGAGUAAUAUACAAAAUAAAAGUUAGAUAUGAAUGCUAUAUUUGCCUAUUUUACAAUCCAUCUUCAAGAUGUCUUUAUCUGUAGUGAUUAUUAUUUAAAUAAUUUUUUUAUGUUGCUACAGACAAGGCUUGCUCUCCAUCUUUAAAUCUGGUGGCAUCCCAGCUUUAGUCAGGUUGCUUGGAUCCCCUGUGGAAGCAGUAGUUUUCUAUGCCAUCACUACCCUGCACAAUCUUCUGCUCCACCAAGAAGGUGCCAAGAUGGCUGUUAGACUGGCGGGAGGUUUGCAGAAGAUGGUGGCCCUCCUAGGGCGUUCCAAUGUCAAGUUCCUGGCGAUUGUUACAGGUAUAAAUUUGAAUUUUCAGACUAGGAAAUUAUUGGCAAUUUGAGGGGAAACAACCAAGUAUUGUUUGGUAAGAGAGAAAACACCGAAAUCAAUCAAAAUUAGUAAUGGCAAUGCUCCUUCAAAAUUAUUUUGACAAAAUUUUGUAUGUUUGGAAAAUGACAUGGCAUUCUUGGAAAAAAGAACUCUAGGUGCUUCCAGUAGAAGUCAAACCUAUGACCUUGAGAUUAGUAAGUCAGAAGCUCUUCUUCUAAGCAACAGGAGACUUGUGGUGAGCUAGGCUGUUUAGCAACAUCCAUGGUGCCAGGAUAGAAAUGUCAACAUGUGAUGCUUCUGUGCGAUGAUGAUGUGAAUGAAGAUGUGAAUUAAAAUCACCAUUUUUAAGCCUGGUGAUUUAAGUAAAAGAAUAUGUUAUUUAGGGAAUGACACAGUCAUAUUUGGAGAAAAAGAAUGGAGUGUUGCCAAUAGAAACUAAACCUUCAACCUUCCAAUAAGUAAGAAAAUUCUUAUUUGAAAGGUGGAUUUUUAAGGAAUCUCUUAAUUAUCUUCUACAUUUUAAAUGGUAGUCCACAACUUCUUAUACUGAGUUUUUGAAAUUGUCUAACAAAGGUGUGGAGAGUAAGCAUUUCUGGCUUUUUUGUGUCUCUUACCAAAAUAUUGCACCAUGUUCAUUGUUGUCACAGAUUGCCUUCAUGUGCUGGCUUAUGGUAACAAAGAGAGCAAGUUGAUCAUCCUAGCAUCAGGAGGCCCUGCUGAGCUGGUGCGCAUCAUGAGAAGUUAUACAUAUGAGAAGCUUCUCUUUACCACUAGCCGUGUGCUGAAGGUUCUCUCUGUGGACACUGACAACAAGCAAGCGAUUGUGGAGGUGAGUGUUAAUACUGCUUGUCAAUGCUGUUAAUCUUUUCACUCCUUGGAGUAAAUGAUCAAACUGAAAAAUGAAGUGACUAAGGGAAAGCAUCAAAAGGAGAAUCUUUUUUUCAUUAUUUUACUCAAAACUCAGAGCUCAAAUUCCACAAAAAUAUGUGAAAGAUCAUACCAGAGAAUUGAUGUUUGUGGAGGGUUGAAAAGAGUUUAGUCACAAGUUUCUUUAAGAGCUGGUUACUGGAAGUCUAGCACUACUCAUAACUAGGGUUCAUAUGGGUCCUGGAAUUUUAUUUUUAGAUUUUUGAGGACUAGAAAACACCGGUAAAAGACUGCAGGUCCUGGAAAGUCUUGGAAAUCUGUCUAACUAAAGCAAUAAAGUUUUCAGAAUUUAUCUUAUAAGAAUUGUAUGUUGACUGCAACAAGAAUUGAUUUCAAAAUCUUAAGAAUGACAAUGUUCAAGGUUAAAUUUGGAGUCCAGGAAAAAUCAAUCUGGGUCCUGAAAAAGUCAUUGAAAUUUGUUUCUGAAAAAGGGUAUAGCUGUUUAGCUUGUACCCAGACUCUUGUGGUUGAAUUUCGCCCAACUGCCCCUUUCCUGGCAGAGUUGCUUGGUAUACCAUCGGAAACUUAUUUUGGAAAAAGUUAUGGAAACUGCUGGCAUAGUUGUGGUGUUGAGAGUCUUUUUUUUUGGGAAAUGAGAGCUACAUCAAUUUGAGCUAGAUUACAAAAUAUCAGUUCAAUAAAACCACCAAAGAAUCAAAAAUUAAAUCAAAGAGUAAAAUUGGUGGCAAAGAAUUAAGGAGAUUAAAGCAGAUUGCAAGUGACAGAGUAUUUUUAGAUUUUACACUCAAUUCUCGUAGCCAAAAUUAUAAGAAAUAUAUGACAGUUUGAAGGGAGAACUGAUUCGGAAUCUUAUGUCUUAAGAUUUAGUGAACCAUCUGUAAACUAAGCUUGCUAAUUUUUUCAUAGGCUGGAGGUAUGCAAGCACUGGCUAUGCAUCUUGGUCACCAGAGCAACAGACUUGUUCAGAACUGCCUCUGGACUCUGCGCAAUCUGUCAGAUGCUGCAACCAAGGAGGAUGGUCUUGACAACUUGCUGCAGAUGUUGGUGCAGCUGCUGUCAUCCAAUGAUAUUCAAGUUGUGACAUGUGCAGCAGGUGUCUUGUCAAACCUGACAUGUAACAACCCCAACAACAAACAACUUGUUUACAGGUUUGGUGGCAUAGAGGCACUGGUGAGAACAUGUAUGCAGGCAGGAGACAGGGAAGAGAUCACUGAGCCAGCGGUAAGAUGUCUGGCUUCUUAACCCUUUCCAUCCUAACAUCAGUAUGCAUAUUCUCCAUACUGUUCUCUCUACAUUUCCUAAGGUUCUGAUAAGGAGAAUUUGUUUAACAAUCAUGAUGUUCUUUCAUUGGUGAUCAUUUCCUUUAUUCUCAUGACCUUAAUGUGUGAUUCAAGGAUGAUAUCUUAAGGAGAAAUAAGAUGUGAAUUACUUUUUGGCAUCAAACUGGUAAUUUAUGAAUAUUGGAAACCACAGCCCUGAAACAUUUUUUGACUAAGUAACUUUGAUGUAUUGAUUUAGCUUUUUGUAAGCAACCCAAUCAUCCAUUGAAAUUUCCUAAACCUUACUUGUUCUUUUACAGUGCUGUGCCUUGCGCCACCUGACAAGUCGACAUGAAGAUGCUGAGAAAGCCCAAAAUGCUGUGCGAGUUCACUUUGGCCUGCCAGUCUUGGUGAAACUUCUGUAUCCACCCUCUCGCUGGCCACUCAUCAAAGCAAUUGUUGGUCUCAUGCGCAAUCUGGCAUUAUGCCCCCUUAAUCACACACCAAUCCGUGAGCAUGGAGGUCUGCCUCAGCUCGUUCAACUGAUGAUGAGAGCCCAUCAGGAUAUGCAGAGGAGACCGGGACAGAGUGUGGUAAUUGACGGUGUAAGAAUGGAGGACAUUGUUGAUGGCUGUGUUGGUGCCCUGCAUAUUUUGGCCAGAGAGGCACACAACAGAGCUGUCAUAAGAAGCCUCAACUGCAUUCCUCUUUUUGUGCAGGUACCACUUGUAACAAUUAUACUUAUUUCCUGAUAAAUCCCUCAGUACUUGCACUAUGAUUGGUCAAUUCUCUAGGAAUUUUUUUUAAUACCCUUAAACACCUAGAAGUGAUCAACAUGAAACUUCUCCCAGUCAUAUCCUUACACUCUCAAGCAAACAGGUCAUGAGAAUAUUCAAACUUAUCUGAUAGAAGUUUUUGUCUUGAUCUUGUGCCAAAUUCUCAUAAAUAAUUUACAAGGAUAUGUGUAGCAUUUAGAGGGGAGAAUUAAUAAUCAGAUCUUGGGAGUUGAAGGUUUGAUUUAGAACUGCCCCCUCUAUUUGAACCCAGUGAUAUUCAGAUAUCAUACUCACCUCGUUUUCUCCAUCUGCCCUGCAUAUUUUCCACUUAGAUUCAUAUGGCACACACUUCACUCCAUUAAUCUAGGUGGAAUGACAUUUACAGGUCACUUUUGUUACUGAAGAAAGUCUUAACCCUUUUUAACUCUUGAUCUUAUUGUUAAUCCUCCACUCUAACUGCUACACAUUUCCUUUGAAAUUAUUUAUGAGAAAUUAGCAUUAGAUCAAGGCGAAAGCUUCUUGUAUCUGAUAAGUUUGAGUAUUCUGGUUACCUGUUUGCUGGAUAAUGUAUAGAUGUUUUCAAGAAGAAGUUAUAUGUUUUGAUAUACCUAGACUUUACAAUCGACACUUAAUUCUUAAUCUUGAAACAAACGAUUAUACAUUCAUUUAUAAUCAUAGCUACAUUACACAAACACAUUUUGUACUUUGUCCAAAAAAGUUCUUGAUUUUGUGACAGUUCCAUUACAACAUCUUCAUCUUUUCUUUUCAGCUCCUCUAUUGCCCAAUUGAGAACAUUCAGCGUGUUGCAGCUGGAGUACUCUGCGAACUUGCACAAGACAAGGAAGGUGCUGAGGCUAUUGAGGCUGAAAAUGCAACAGCACCCUUAACUGAUCUGUUACACUCCAGAAAUGAGGGCAUCGCUGCUUAUGCUGCUGCUGUACUCUUCCGCAUGUCUGAGGAUAAGUCGCAAGAUUACAAGAAGAGAUUAUCAGUUGAACUGACUAGUUCUCUUUUCCGGGAUGAUGCUCCCUGGCCUGAGGUGAGAAGCCACUCUCGUUGUACUGUAUAUGUUUUCUAAAUAUUUUUUUACCCCCCAUGAGUGACCAAGACAGAAUUUCUCUCUACACCAUCAAAACAAUAUCAUACAGACAAGUGAUGAGAAUAAAGAAAAAUAUCAGUUAGGGGAUUAUUACUUGAUCUGAUACAAAAUUCUCUGAACUAACAUUAUAAGAAUUGUGAGGUAUGGGAGGAAAAUGGUUAAGAUUUUUGUAAAAUCAAUGCUGAAGUAUUUGGUAACUUUGAGAUACAGAGUAAAACAGAAAAACUGCUAACCUGCUGAAGAAAACUCCCAGAAAUGUUUCAUGCCACUCAGUGGGUGUCAUGUUUUCCUGUGGUUUCACUGUUUUUCCUACUUUGAUCUCGUUAUCAAAGUUAAUAGCAAAACUCUGCAGGGUAACCAGCAAGUUUUUCUGUCCAUCAAGGCCCAGUUGUUCAUAGCGUGGAUAAUGCUAUCCAGCGAAUAAACCACUAUUCAGUCAAGUGAUGUUUGUAGAUCGCACUGCGUUAUCCACUGGGUAUAAAUUUCUCUAGUGGAUAGCAUUGCCUACUCUUCGAACAACCAGGGAUAGCCCUAUAUAUAUAGAGCUCACUUGUAAAAUGUUACAGCUCAAGAAAGUUUCUAGCCCAGAGUUUUUUGAUAACCAAUGCUGAUCACUCUUUCUGUUUUUUUUUUCCAGCCAAUGGAUGGAGACUUCCCAGACCCAAACUACAACAUGCCACCAGGAGGGUAUGGUUACCCCCAUGACGGGUUUGAUUACAACCAGCCCAUGGACUAUUCUCACGAACCUGGUUCUGGUUACGAUUUCCACCAUGGUGAUCCAUCCAUGCAACCUCUUGCUCACCCUGGAGGGCCACCUCCUCGAGGCGGCACGUGGUAUGACACUGACUUGUAA